AUUUCUUGAUUUUUGGUAGCAUGCCCAUCUCUUUCGUUCUUUUGUUUUAUAUAAUUUACAAACUUUCUCACUUAAAUACUUUUAUCUAAAAGAUUUUCGUAACUCAUAAUCCAUCAUAAAUCUAUGUCAUUCAUCUGUACACUCCACAAGUAAAGAAAAUUAAAUCCCGGUGAAAAGUAGCUUUCUUAAUUAAAUUAGCAUGAUUGAAUGAAACAAAAAGCUGCAGUUUUGCCUCUGAAUAUAAAAAUCCUUUCCCUUUUGCAUUUAAUUUUUUGAUGACACUAUUUUCUUGAAAUUGUUACUUCCAUUUGAUUCACACUGUAAACACACACACACACACUAAAACGCAUCAAUUACCCUAUUUGUCGUUUCUCCAUUUUAACAAAUUACACACCUGUAGUGAGUAGUGGGUGUGUCCAUUACUACUACUCCAUGUGGGUUGUUUGCUCAUAUUUUUUGUCAUUUGUUUUCAUCGUUUCUUUAUCAAAAUCAAAAUCAUUGCAUUUUUAGCUCCAUAAAUACCCCCCCAAUCCUAAUUUCUUCACUCUUUCCACUAUUUUUCCACCAAUAUCAUUAUACAACCAACCAUUUUCGAUCUGGGUUUCUUCAUUGCAGAUUUGGGGGUGAUAUCAUAACUUCGCCGGAAAAGAAAGAUGGCCGGAGGUGGAGGCGGAGGAAAAUCCGACGAGCCAGCACCACACCCACCCAAAGAUCAGCUUCUUGGUGUGACUUACUGCAUUACAAGUCCACCCCCAUGGCCUGAAGCUAUUCUACUUGGGUUUCAGCAUUAUCUAGUAAUGCUCGGCACAACCGUUAUUAUUCCGACAGCUCUUGUUCCUCAAAUGGGCGGCGGAAACGAGGAGAAAGCACAAGUCAUUCAAACGCUACUUUUUGUUGCCGGGUGGAACACGUUGCUACAAACUUUGUUUGGUACUAGGUUACCAGCCGUAAUUGGGGGUUCAUAUACUUUUGUUGCGCCCACAAUCUCAAUCAUCUUGAAUAAUAGAUGGAAUGAUCCAGAUCCUAUAGAGAAAUUCAAGAAAACAAUGCGGGCAAUCCAAGGUGCUUUGAUUGUUGCUUCAACUCUUCAAAUUGUUCUAGGGUUCAGUGGUCUGUGGCGAAAUGUUGCAAGAUUUUUGAGUCCUCUUUCUGCUGCUCCUUUAGUGGCUCUUGCUGGUUUUGGGCUCUAUGAAUUUGGAUUCCCCGGGGUUGCAAGAUGUGUCGAAAUCGGGCUUCCUCAACUCAUCUUUGUAGUUGUCUUGUCACAGUAUUUGCCUCAUUUGAUACAUUCGGGAAAAGGGAUCUUUGAGAAAUUUUCAGUUGUGGCAUCGAUUGCAAUUGUUUGGAUUUAUGCUCAUUUGCUUACGGUUGGUGGGGCCUACAAUCAUACGGCGCCAAAAACACAAACAAGUUGUCGUACUGAUCGUUCUGGAUUAAUCGAUGCUGCACCAUGGAUAAGAAUUCCAUAUCCAUUUCAAUGGGGCGCACCUUCUUUUGAUGCUGGUGAAGCUUUUGCCAUGAUGAUGACUGCUUUUGUUACCCUUGUUGAGUCAACUGGUGGAUUCAUUGCGGUUUCACGGUAUGCAAGUGCAACCCCCUUGCCUCCAUCUAUUCUAAGCCGUGGUGUUGGUUGGCAGGGAAUUGGCAUUUUGUUGUCUGGCUUGUUUGGAACAGUAACCGGAUCUUCUGUCUCUAUUGAGAAUGCGGGUCUAUUGGCUGUGACCCGUGUAGGAAGUCGAAGAGUUGUACAAAUCUCAGCAGGGUUCAUGAUUUUCUUUUCGGUUCUUGGUAAAUUUGGAGCAGUCUUUGCGUCAAUUCCUGCACCAAUUGUCGCUGCUCUUUACUGCCUUUUCUUCGCUUACGUGGGUUCAUCGGGUUUGAGUUUCCUUCAAUUCUGCAACCUUAACAGCUUCCGCACAAAAUUCAUACUCGGGUUUUCAGUCUUUUUGGGCUUGUCUGUACCCCAAUAUUUCAACGAAUACGAAGCCAUUAAUGGAUAUGGCCCUGUUCACACUUCAGGAAGAUGGUUUAACAAUAUGGUGAAUGUUCCAUUUUCAUCGGAAGCUUUUGUGGCUGGUGUUGUGGCGUAUUUUCUUGAUAAUACACUUCACAAGGAUAGUUCGAUAAGAAAAGACAGGGGCAAACAUUGGUGGGACAAGUUUAGAUCGUUCCACACUGACUCAAGAAGUGAAGAGUUUUACUCAUUGCCAUUCAAUCUCAACAAAUACUUUCCAGCUGUGUGAUUUAUAUAACUAUUGUUUUUUUUUUAGUCAAAUAUGUAUCUAAUCUUUGUGCUAAAGUAGUUCAUGUUCAAUUUGUAUCUCAACCGAGUGAUUCUUAGAACAUUCCCCAACACGGGUAAGAUGGAUCCAAAGGAGAAAGGUUAAGUUUUUGUUGCUUUCAAAUUCUUACGAACAUUGUCUCCCCACUUUUGUAAUAGAAAUCUUGAUUCCUGAAUAUGUUCCGAGUUUUGAAUAUCUCAUGCACUUGUAAACAAUAUUACGAUUAUUGAUAAGAAACCUC